AUGCAAUUCACUACCGCUUUCUCUGUUGCUUUGAUCGCCAUGGCCAAGUUGGCUCUUGCUGACUCCCAAGCCUUCGGUUUGUUGGCUAUCCACUCUGGUUCUCCAGUCCAAAACACCCCAGUUGACUCUCAAAACGGUGCUUUGGUCUUGAAGACCGGUGGUUCUUUCGCUGGUACCGUCACUGACGCUGGUAAGUUGAAGUUCUCUGACAACACCUACGCUGUCGUCAACUCUGACGGUUCCAUCAAGACCGGUUCUGAAUCCGAAGGUACUUCUGGUUUCGCUCUAAGCGGUAGCCACUUGACCUACAAGGGUAACUCUGGUUUCUUCGCCAUCCCAUCUGGUUCUGAAUACAAGUUCUCCACUGCUCAAGGUACUGGUGCUAUUGACAUUGUCAUCUCCCCAAGAUCCACCAAGGACGGUUCCGUUGUUGCUGACUUCACCCCAGCUGGCUCUGCUUCCUCUGCUGCUUCUUCUGCUAAGCCAUCUUCCGCUGCUGCUUCUUCUGCUGCCCCAACCAAGGCUGCUAUCUCUCAAAUCGGUGACGGUCAAAUCCAAGCUACCUCCACCAUCCACCAACAAACCACCAACGGUGCUGCUAAGGCUGCUGCUGGUAUGGGUGCUGGUGCCAUCGCUGCCAUCGCUAUGUUGUUGUAA